AGUUUUAGAGAGCUAGUGCCAUAGUGUACCAUUCUCUUGGUAGCAUUUGGCAAGAGUACUUUGCCUCUCCUUACCAAUGGAGAAGUUUAAUCUUGCUAGAGUCUUAUUGUUGCUUCUCCAGCUUGGAACUUUGCUCAUUGCCCAUGCAUGUCCUUAUUGCCCUUAUCCUCCUUCCACCCCAAAGCACCCAAAAUUGCCUCCUAAGGUAAAACCACCUUCUACCCACCCUAAACAUCCCCCACAUGCAAAACCACCUUCCACCCCUAAACACCCUAAAAAUCCACCACAUGUAAAACCACCUUCUACUCCCAAACACCCUAAAAACCCCCCAUAUGUGAAACCACCUUCCGCCCCUAAGCACCCCAAAAACCCUCCACAUAUGCAACCACCUUCAACCCCUAAACACCCUAAAUACCCCCCGCAAAAACAAUGUCCUCCACCAUCUCAUGCCCCUCCAUAUGUCCCAGGACCUCCCACAGUACAUCCACCUCCCACUGUCUCUCCACCUUCUGUCCCUAAACCACCAAAAACACCACCUGUUGUUUCACCCCCUAUUGUUUAUCCACCGGUCACUCCAAAACCACCGGCACCAACACCACCAACGACUCCAAAACCACCAUCACCAACACCACCUGUUGUUUCACCCCCUAUUGUUUAUCCACCGGUCACUCCAAAACCACCGGCACCAACACCACCAACGACUCCAAAACCACCAUCACCAACACCACCUGUUGUUUCACCUCCUAUUGUUUAUCCACCGGUCACUCCAAAGCCACCAACACCAACACCACCUGUUGUUUCACCACCAGUCACACCAAAACCACCAUCACCAACACCACCUAUUGUUUCUCCACCUUACGUGCCAAGUCCUCCGGUUGUCACUCCACCCACAGUUCCAACACCCCCUACACCAUGCCCGCCACCGGCAACUGUACCAUCGCCACCAGCACAGCAAACUUGCCCCAUUGAUGCUCUCAAGUUAGGUGCUUGUGUGGACGUGUUAGGGGGAUUGAUCCACAUUGGAAUCGGUGGCAAUCCUAAGCAAGCAUGUUGUCCACUUCUUCAAGGACUUGUAGACUUGGAUGCAGCCAUUUGUCUUUGCACAACCAUUAAGCUCAAGCUCCUAAACAUAAAUGUCAUUCUUCCCAUUGCCCUUCAAGUUCUUGCUGAUGACUGUGGCAAGUAUCCACCCAAAGGCUUUCAGUGUCCUUCAUCCUAAAUCAAGGACAUUGAACUGGGCAUUUGAUUAAUUCUGCUACACUUUCAUAGUUGAAGGCACAUUCUGCGAAUGCACGUGUGAGAAAGUCCAAUUUCCUCUUUAGCAUGACGAAUAAAUUGAAAAAAUGAGGAGGGAUAAAUGACUCUUCCAAUAUAAUAAGCUUUUGACGUUUUAUUAUUUAUCUUUCCAUUAAUGUACUGAUUAUGUAUUCUCAUUAGUGUUUAAGGGAAAUACUUUUGAUGGUGCUUUAAAUGUAUUGCUGAUAAAAAUAUGAACAUGAAUGAAUGAGGAAAGAAUCACUUAAAUUCA